AGCAGUUCAAUAGAAACCUGCAGUCUUGUAGCAAACAGCCACUUCUUUCCAACAGGCAGGGAGCAAUGCACAGUCUACUGACAGGGCAGCUGAGCAGAGCAACGGAGAGACAGGGCAUGUUCUCACUGCGCUAACAGACGCUUACGUCGCUAGUGGGGGCCCCUAAAUCCAGCUCUCUCGCUCAGCCAGCUCUUUCUGGGUAUCACUGCUGCUGGAUGCACAUGUAACCUCCUCUCUCCUAGCUGGCAGUGAAGGACCAAGCGGAUGGACUUGACCACUGUCUCAAUACACUGCUCGGCCGCUUCAGCAAUCAACCCGGAGCCCCUCUCAUCUCAAGAAGACACGCAUGUUCUGCUGAAAGAUCCACAGGUGGUUCAACGUUGAGCUGCAGGAGAAGAGGACCGUGGACAGCCUUUCUUUGCUUCCCUUUCCCCUGCUGUACAAGGUACAGUGUCUUCGGGAGUCGGUAUGCUUCAAAUCGCUGCAGUGUGUCCGGUCUUCCUCCUGUUGAUCUGCACAAGGGCACAGGCUCAGGACGCCACGGAGACCCAGGGGCAGACCCAGACCCAGACCCAGACCCAGAACCAGAGCCCAGGCCAGGAGCAGCCGCGGUCAGCGGGCCAGGGCCAGGGCCAGGGCCAGGGCCAGGGCGGCUCGGCCACCCCCUGGAGGCAGGUCAUCCGGUGGGAAAACAACGGACGGCGCUUCAGUCUCCUGAACAGCGGGGCUGAGUACGUCCCGGCCGGGUCGCAGGCACAGGACACGGGCCCCAGGGUCGUCCUGGCAGACUCUCGCCAAGACGCUCGCCCCCGCACGGCCCGCCGGCCUCAGGGGGGGAACGUCCGCAGACAGGCCCCGUCCAGGGGCAGCUCGGAGACCAUCCGGGGGCAGGCGCGGCAUCCAUUUGGCUUCGGGCAAGUGCCGGAUAACUGGAGGCAGACCCCGGGCGGGGCCGGCGGCACAGGCGGCACUCGCUUCCAGACCUCUACGAACACUCGCUUCAGACAGCCGUCGACGGGCUCCUCCUCGUCCUCUUCUUCAUCCUUCUCUUCGUCCUCUUACAACGGGCCGCCGUUUCAACAAUACCCCUUCGCCCAGCAGCCCCAGCAGCCCCAGCAGCCCCAGUACCCGGGUGUGCCCUACGACCCCAGUCUGAUGGACGGACCGGUGAGGAGCUACGAGCCCCCCUUCCAGCCCAUGGUCCCAGGCGUUGGGUACGGCGGCGGGGGCUACGGCGGCGGGGCGUACGGAGGUGGAGGAGGGGGGGGUGUAGGAGGGGGUGGAGGAGGGGGGUACACUGGGACAUUUGGGGGUGGUGUUGGGGGAGUGGGUGGUCAGGGGAGCCCAAUUGGGGGAGCGGGGAGCCCAGUGGGCCAAGGCCCCUUCACUGACUACGAAGAUGGAUACCGCUUCUACCAGCCUUACGGCUACGCUCCCAACCCCGCGGCCCGGGCGCCGCCGCCGCCGCCGCAGCAGCAGCAGCCUCCUCAGCCGCCGUUCGCAGAUGGCCUGGACCGCAGGUACACACACAGCCUCUACAACGGGGAGACUGCCGCCGCGGUGCCCGAGGCACCUGUCCCGGGCGGGGUGGACCGGACGGGAACGGCCGCCCAGUCCCCGGUCAGGAGCCCUCAGUACGAACAGUUCCCCCCCUUCGGCAGACCCCAGCCGCCGUUCGUUCAGCAGGUUUCCCCGGGAAGAGUCUCUCCGAACUCGGCGAUCGAGAACCCGGGUCACACGGCGGGGAGUGUUUACCGGCAGGAGCAGAGAGGAUUGCCUGAUCUGGUUCCUGAUCCCAACUACGUCCAGGCAUCCACGUACAUCCAGAGAGCUCAUAUGUACUCCCUACGCUGCGCUGCUGAGGAGAAAUGUCUGGCCAGCACCGCCUACACGCCUGAGACCACGGACUACGACGUCAGGGUUCUCCUGCGCUUCCCCCAGCGGGUGAAGAACCAGGGCACGGCCGACUUCAUGCCUAACAGACCUCGCCACACCUGGGAGUGGCACAGCUGCCAUCAGCACUACCACAGCAUGGACGAGUUCAGCCACUACGACCUGCUGGAAGUGUCCACCGGCCGCAAGGUGGCCGAAGGACACAAGGCCAGCUUCUGUUUGGAAGACACCACGUGUGACUUUGGCCACCUCAAACGCUACGCCUGCACGUCCCACACUCAGGGGCUCAGUCCAGGCUGCUAUGAUACAUACAAUGCUGACAUAGACUGCCAGUGGAUCGAUAUCACAGACAUACAGCCAGGAAACUACAUACUCAAGCUCCAGGUUAAUCCCAAGUAUCUGAUACUGGAGUCAGACUUCACCAACAACGUAAUCCGCUGUAACAUUCAUUACACGGGGCGCUUCGUAACGACAACAAACUGCAAGAUAGCACAGUGA